ACCAUGGAGGUGAGCGGGGCAGCUUUGCUCCACAUCAGAGGAUUGCAACAUCCCGUCUAAUAGCCGGCAGACUUUGGACCCCGGUUUCCAGCUUUCAGGAAGCUCUCUUGUCGGUGUCUGCUCGCUGUGAGAACAUGGCGAUUGAGUUUGCUCCGCGCUCGGUCCCUUUGGAAAGGAGGCUGCAGACGGUGGCUGUCCUGCAAUGGGUGUACUCCUUCCUGGCUCUGGCCCAGACUUGCAUUAUCCUGUUCUUCGCUCUGCUCUUCACCCGCUUCUGGAUAAUCAGUGUUCUCUAUGGGAUCUGGUGGUUUACAGACUGGGACACCCCCAGGGAAGGUGGAAGGAGGAGCCCCUUUCUGCAGAAUCAUGCGGUCUGGCGAUACGUAAGAGACUACUUUCCUAUAAAGUUAGUGAAGACAGCAGAUCUCGACCCUCGCCAAAACUAUCUGAUUGGUUUCCACCCUCAUGGUGUUCUGGUGGCUGGAGGCUUCACCAAUUUCUGUACGUAUGCCACUGGGUUUCCUGAGCUGUUCCCCGGGAUUACACCAUACCUGAUGAUGUUACCGCUCUGGUUCCGAGCACCAUUCUUUAGAGACUACAUAAUGGCCGGAGGACUGAUCCCCUCUGACAAAGAAAGUGCUUCAUAUUUGCUGAGGGACAAGAAGGGUGGAAAAGCAGUAGUCGUCGCAGUGGGUGGAGCUCCGGAGUCACUGGAUGCACGACCUGGCGCUUUCACGUUGCUAAUAAAAAACAGGAAAGGAUUUAUCAGGCUGGCUAUACAACAUGGGGCUUCCUUGGUUCCGGUAUUUUCCUUUGGGGAAAAUGAGCUCUUUGACCAGGUGGACAAUCCUAGAGGCUCUUUCCUCAGAAAGAUGCAGGAGAGGCUGCAGAAGAUGAUGGGGGUGGCCCUGCCUUUGUUCCACGCUCGAGGAGUUUUUCAAUACAGCUUCGGUCUGAUGCCCUAUCGGAGACCAAUUCACACUAUUGUUGGAAAGCCAAUCAAAGUGACGGAAAAUAUGACCCCAUCAGAUGAAGAGGUGGACAAGCUGCACAAACUCUACAUGGAGGAGCUGAGUGAAUUGUUUGAGGAGCACAAAACUCAAUUUAACGUCCCGGCUGACAAACAUCUAUCCUUCGUAUAAUGACUACAAUAAGCCCAAGUGACUCUCGUACACUCAACCCUGGCAUAAAGAGAGCCUAAAGUCAUAUAGCCCACUCCUGUAUUAAAUUGUAUUGUAAUUGUUCUGUCUGCCCUCGUGUUGUAAAGCGAUGUGCAAACUGUUGACGCUAUAUAAAUCCUGUAUUAUUAAAAUAAUAAUAAUAAUAAUAAUCAAUGGGAUUAUUUCACAAUUUGUUUCCCCUGCUACACUCUGUGGUUCCUCCUACCAGACUGUACAUUUGGAGGUAAUGUCGUAUACAAGCUAGCAGGAGGAACCACAGCGUGCAGUGGGGGAGCACGUUCUUUACACACCCAUGUGUGCGAUACUUGCAGCAGCUGGGAAGAUCUGCAUUUUUAGACACACAACCACUAAAAAGGUCAGAAUGUUGCCCCUUCUUUUAGCAUUUGAACUCUUCUGCGCUUGUAUAACCACCUAAUGAACACGGGGGAAAUUUUGGGAGGCAAAAAUAAAUACAGAUUUUAGGUAAUUAUGUGUCUUUAUUAUAAACACAUUUAAUAAGUGAAUCAAUAUAUAUGUUAGCUGUAUGAAGGCAUCAUUUAUUAUAUGUCUGUUAUUCUGUUUUUACAUUUUUUACAGCCCCUGCAAUUCACUGUCUGACCCACUCUAUUGUCCUUUUCAAAGAUUGGCUCUCUGGAUUAUAUGGUGUAACCAGAUAAUACCAACGCAAAUAAAUUCUAUUCUUGAGUAAAA